CAUCCUUCUGUUCGUAUGUAUAAAAACUGCGUUUCGCUUGUUAGUUCAAUUUUUUCUCUCCCCAGAAUUGCUUCUGUGUUUCAAAAUCUUUCACUAGACUGAAGUUACCCAUAAUGAAGUGGACAUUGUUGCUUGUAUGUCUCGCCGUGGUGUUAUGUGGGGCUUACGCAACCUCGCCACCACGUUGCCCAAAUACGUGCAACCCUGAUCAGUGUCCUCCUUUAAACCCCAACCCAUGUCCUUGUGGGUCCUACAAGGGCUCGUGCGGUUGUUGUGACUUUUGUUAUGCUUGCCGAGGUGAAGAAUGUAACAAAGUUGCAAGUCAAAAAUGUGAAGGCGAUGAAGUUUGCCAAAUACCUUCAGGUUACAGCUACUCUGAUGUUUUGACAGGCAGAGUUAGUGGUGUUUGCCCGCAGUAGGACGUUUUUUCCCGAGAAAUAUCGAUGGUUGCAUUUCAGAGUAUACUUCUUUUCUUUAACUGUAUAUCUUUAACUAUAUAUCCUACAGUUGGAUUUGAAUAAAAAAGGGUUUUUGUUGUUAGCACCUUUAUAGGGUAAGAGCAGUUUAACGUACGUGGUUUGAUUAUGGUAUAAUAAAGUUAUAUUAAUCUCCAGAUCUGUCAAAUAAACAAUGUUUUGAAAAUGA